AUGAGAUUCACGGCAGCUUUACUCUUUAUCACAACAGCCAGGGGCGCUCAGCACCAUCACCAGCGAGAUAUUACAGACAAUGGCAUCAAUCUUGGUGCAAUUUCGAGCGCAUUAGAGAAUAUGAUGGGCAAUCAAACAGCCAGCGCGAACUUUGGCAACAUCUCGCCGGCGCCCAAGUCGCUCGUCCCCGAGAUCUUAUCGGUAGUGCCCGUAUCCGUCAUCUGGGAACUCAUCAAUCCAGCCGAGCGCAGCUCAUUAGCUAGCCAAUUCAAGGCUGGCACUACCCCAGCCUGGUACAAUGCUCUCCCAUCGGACGUGAAAAGCUACAUGUCGGUAGUUAAGUCGCAGAUCUCCGCGGGGGCAUUGACGGCUACAGAAUCCGAAACCAAACCCACGGCAGCAAAUACAGGGGCUGCUACGAUAGCAACGGCAACUGAAGACAAUUCUGGAGGGGUGGCAAGCUCAACAUCUAAAGGUGCAGCUGCAAAGCCUACGGAGCUGACCGUGUCGGCAUUAGGGGUGCUGGGAGUACUUGGACUAGCACUAGCUCUGUGA